AUGCUCGGAACUACAGGGUUUUCUUCAGCUCAGAUACUUGUUAUACCUGGUAGCAAGAACUAUGGCUACAGACAGAGAAAGCUUUUCUUCUUUAUCUCUACCUAUAACUGUAAGUUGAGGUCUUCUACUGGGUCUAACUACUACACUACUGCUAAAGUGGAAGCAGCGGAAACUGCAGGCAAUCGGACCCCGGGGAGCCAUUUAUUGGUGGACUAUUUCACCGACUGUCUCAAUUUCUCCAGAGAUGAAGCUAUCUCAGCAGUUGCUAAGUUAAGCCCGUAUAAAUCUCAAGCGAAUGCCGCCAUUGUUGUCGAUUAUCUGAAACGGAUAGGCAUGGAGCAGACCCAUAUCAAGGCUGCUGUUUCCAAGUUUCCUAAAUUGCUACUCUAUCACCCUGACAAAAACCUACACCCCAAAAUUCAGUGCCUUGAAGAAUUCGGGAUAUCUGGGCGAGAUCUUGUGGAUUUCGUUGCAAGACAUCCCUUCUUUCUUGCUAGAGGAUUAGAGACUCAUCUGAGACCUACCUUGCAUUUAAUCAGGCAAGCGGCUGGUAGCAAUCAGAAUGCCGCGAAAGCUCUAAAGAGAUUUGGUCGUUUGCUUUCAUACAGCAGUUGCAAAGCCAUUGAAAACAAUAUACUGCUGCUGCAAGAAGCGGGUUUAUCAGAUGAUCAAAUCCAACGGUUUAUAGUGGAAAGACCAUGUUAUUUAACAAGUAAGCCUGCUUGGAUUGGCAAUAUUUUGACAAGAGUGGAAACGGAUUUUGGGAUUUCUCGAAGCUCCCCAGCUUUUUACUGUGGAUUACUUGUUGCAGCUGCAUUGAAUAAGUCAACAGUGGACAAGAAACUCGAAAUCUUCAGGAGCUAUGGGUGGUCUAAUUCAGAAAUUUCUACAAUGCUGCAAAAACUACCUCAACCUUUAACUCUAUCAGAGGCUAGGUUGAAAAAGGUACUGAAUUUUUUAAUGAAUGAACUUGGGUAUGGAUCCCAUUACCUGGCUUUCCGCCCUGUUCUUCUAAAAUAUAGUUUGGAGAAGAAGAUCAUCCCUAGGAGUCAAGUGUUGAAAAUUCUUGAAGAAAAUGAGCUAAGAGCGUGCUCGCUCUUUACAGCCAUAGUGAUGAGCGAAUCCAAGUUUUUUGGAGAAUAUGUGCUGCCCUACAAGAAUAAGCUGCCUGAUAUGUAUCAGAAAUACAUAACAAGUACAGCUAAAUAG